AUGCCAGACCUUUCUGUUCCCGUUAAUUUACCGAUAUUUUUACAAAACCAGUUGAGGGAUCUGGUCAGAGACUAUACAGAUGAGCAUUUGACGUUGAAAGGGUACGAAACGAAGAGGGAAGCUCUGCUGGAUCAGUACGCCAAUGGCGACAAGAGCCCGUUGACUCCGGUGAAGUCGGCGGGUCAGCAUAAGGAGAUUCGUGGAAAAAAACAGAAUCGGGCGUCUAACGCAUACCAGUCGCCGGGUUGCGAGCCUGAUAAUGGCUCGAUAGUUUCAUCCGCCUGUCAAAGUCCUGCAACUGACUUGGGAACUGUGAGCUCGUCGCAGCGGCGUCACCGCCAGUCGCUUUACCGUGUGACCACGGGGAAUUCCUUGUCCGGUCAUUCAGGCAGUCAGUUGAAGGGUCGAGCGUCUUCGGUCCAACUGUCCAUACGGUCGGACGAAGUGUCGGGAGACUCUUAUAACCCAAUGAUACCGCUGCUGCCGCGAGAGAAAAGCGCGGAAACGUUCGACUCGUGGAGGUCGAUACUACGUGGGAGAUAUGAGCAUUACAAUGCAGAAACUGCUAUUGUGAGUGUGAGCAUUAAAGGAAAGGAGAGUCUGAUAUCCUGGGACAGACUCUAUCUUAGAGCAGAGAAGAUCGCGCACGUCUUGCAUAAAGAGCACCUGAAGAAAAUGGACAAAGUGCUGCUGUGGUAUAACGGACAUGAUAUCAUCGAGUUCACUGUUGCACUGCUGGGAUGCUUUGUAGCCGGUAUCGUGGCGGUUCCCGUCUCAUUUGAGACUUACUCGCUUGGCGAGAUUGUGGAGAUCAUAAAGGCGACGAAUGGGAAGCAUCUGCUCAUCUCUAAUGAUUGCUUCAACCAAAUAGAGAAUCUACACUCAUCCUCUAACCAUUCGAAAGUCAAGGUGAUCAAAAGUGAGUUUUUCUCAAAAGUCAACUUUAUCAAGACGGAUGACCUUGGCGCUUACUCAAAAGCCAAAUCUUCACCGCCACAAUAUGAAGUGCCCGACGUCGCAUACAUCGAAUUCACUAGGACACCACUGGGUAGGUUGUCAGGGGUGCUGAUGAAACACAGAGUUCUUUGUAACCAGUUUAGAACUUUGGCCAAGAUUGCCAGCUCCCGUGCUAUGCCGCAUUGGAAGAAAAGUGGCAUAAUGCGGCCCUUCAGCAAGAAGGAAAACCUUUCAAGAUUCAUUAUUUUGAACAGUCUGGACCCAACCAGGUCCGCUGGUUUGGUCUUGGGAACUCUUUUCAACAUCUUCACCGGUAACUUGCUCAUCUCUAUCGAUCCUAGACUGCUUAAUACUCCUGGCGUCUAUGAGAACAUUAUUGAUCGGUACAAAGCAGACAUACUGCUCAAUGAUCAGCUGCAACUGAAGCAGGUUGUCAUCAAUUACUUGGACGAUCCACAGUCAGCAAUCUCAAAAAAACAUCGGAUAGAUUUUAGCUGCAUUAAAUGCUGCUUUACGUCGUGUACUACCAUAGACACCGAGGUAUCAGACAUGAUCGUACAUAAAUGGUUGAAGAAUUUGGGUUGCCUUGACGCAUCGGUUUGUUACUCACCAGUGCUGACUUUGGUAGAUUUUGGAGGUGUAGUUCUGUCACUGAGAGAUCAACUGGGGAAGUUGGAUAACUUCCAGAUUCACAACACAAAACUAAGACUACAUGAUGAGCUAUUUGUAAACAAAGAAAAGUUGAGAGGCAAUAUAAUAGAACCUAGCCUUACCGCAAUGAUGAAUUCUUCAAGCUCGUUCAAAGACUACCUUCGUUUGGCAUCUUUCGGAUUCCCCAUUCCGGAUUCAACGGUUUGCGUUGUCAAUCCGGAUGACAAUACGCUGGUUCCCGACUUGACGGUUGGCGAAAUAUGGGCCCACUCAGACAGUCUCGCUGACGAAUUUUAUCAGAUGGACCGAGUUAAUGAAUUUGUAUUCAAGGCUAAACUCAAUUACACAAAAAUGAUGGAAUUGUUAUCUCAACAAGACACAUCAAUGGCUGCAAGAGAGAGGUUAAAUACAAUUAUGAGCAUAUGCCCAUCUUCAACACACUUCCUCAGAACCAAGUUAAUGGGUUUCAUUCACAAUGGUAAAAUAUAUGUUCUGUCCAUGAUCGAGGAUAUGUUCCUUCAGAAUCAACUAGUCAGAUUGCCCAAUUGGGCUCACACCUCUGAUAUCAGCCGAGUGAAGCCCUCGGGUACUUCGGACAGCGAGCAAAGCCGAGGUACUGAUUCUCCGAAGCGUGUGGUGCAGACGUAUUAUCUUCAACAAGUUACGGAAACCGUGGUUCGGACGGUGAACUCAGUUUUAGAAGUGUCCGCCUUUGAACUUAACCACAACAAAGCGGAGCAUUUUCUUGUUGUGGUUGUUGAAAGCAUGUUGGCUAAGGUGCCGGCCGUUCAAGAGUCUCACUCUUCAAGCAUAGCUGAGCGACAUAAGGAAUCUUUCCAGAGAAAGAUGAAUGAUCUUUCGGAACAAAUCUAUCGAAUUCUGUGGAUAUUUCAUCGUAUUCAGCCUUUUUGCAUUAUGGUGGUGCCUCCAAAUUCUUUGCCUCGAAGAUAUUGUUCACUAGAGCUGGCCAAUAGUACUGUGGAGAAGAACUUCUUCAAUGGUGAGCUAGAGGCAAAGUUUGUCAAAUUCCAGGUUGAUAAUAUCGUGCUGGAUUUUUUGCCGCAUUCAUCGUACUACAACGAGAGUAUAUUUUCUGAACAUCUCUCCAAGUUCAGAAGAUCAGUACUGGCAGAGCAGUCCAGAGAUACAAAUCCUUCUACAAUGGAAGAAGGAUUACAAGUCUCUCGAAUUGACUAUAGAGAAAAAUCUGUUGAUAAACGAACAGGUAAGAUAUUAACCGAUUUCGAUAGCAUCACUCAGAUAUUAGAACUUAGGAUUGAAAUAAGUGGUAACGAUCUAUCCUUCAGCGAUGGUAGUGAUUCCACUAGCUCAAAUAACGAAAACAAUUAUCAUAGAAAAACGACGUGGUCCUCCUUCGAAGCAAUUGUCGCUUCAUUUCUAAAGAAGAUUGUUGCAUCAAAGACGCCCCUCAAAGCCGGAGAUAGGGUUGUAAUAAUAAGCGAGAAUUCGGUUGAGUAUGUUGCAAUGGUAUUAGCUUGCUUCUACUGUAAAUUCAUCAUUAUACCACACAAUUCUCCAGACGAGAACAAUCCAGAGAGCAGCGUCAGGAAGUUUGCAAACAUCGUAAAGGCCUAUGGUGUCAAACGAAUAUUUACUGAUGCAAAAGCAAACAACCUACUUGAAAACAGCUCUGCGAUCGCGAAAGAGCUGAAAAAGUACAAGCAUUUUUUUCCUAAAACCUCUUGUUUCUCGAAGGUCAAGAAGAAGUCGGGGCUAACAAUCAAAAUGUUUUCUAAUUUAUUGAAAGAGAAGUAUGCGACAAAACCUGGGACUGAUCCCAGCAAGAUACCAUGCGUAUUAUGGAUUGAUGAAGAGAAUGACACUGACAGCAACAUUCACGUUAAUAUGACGCAUUCUACAUUGCUGAACUCUUGUAAAAUUCUGAAAGAGACGUUACAGCUGUCGGACAAUUCUCCAAUCUACUCAAUAUCUGGACAUACCCAUGGUAUGGGUUUUAUCAUAAGUUGUAUGCUAGGCAUUUACAGCGGCUGUGCCACAAGAUUGUUCAGCUUGUCAGAUGUUUUAUGCGAUCCCAGGUCCUUUCUUCUCCCAUUGCAAAAUUCUAAUGUUAAAGAUCUUUAUCUCAAUUUGCAAACAUUAAAGCUGUUAGUCGAAAAGGCAAACCUCAUAGUGGGAAAUAAGAUUCCCACGAAAGUUGCUAAAAAGAAUCCAUCUUCCAUCUUGCGACGUGAUGUCUUCAAAAAUGUUCAGAACAUUAUGGUACCGUUUUCUGGUCGACCUCAAACUCUGGAGGUUGAAAGUCUGAUCAGAAGAAAUCCAGCCAUCAUGCUUAACUUAACACAGAUCAGUUAUGUUUAUCAGAAUCACUUCAACCCGCACAUCUCAUUGCGAUCAUACCUAGAGCGGCCGCCUGUGAAUUUAUAUUUGGAUCCUGUAGCCCUUAGAGAGGGGCUUAUUAAAACGAUUGGGUCGUCGAAUACUAGUUUUCAUGGUGCCAUUCGUGUUCAGGAUUCAGGCAUUGUUCCGGUUUGCACCAACGUCGCAAUCGUCAAUCCUGAAACACAACUUCCUUGCUACGACGGUGAGUACGGAGAAAUCUGGUGUUGCUCUGAAGGCAAUGCCUUCAGCUACUCAAUAUGUAAUGAUGCUAUUGGCACUAAUUCGAAAAACGCACUGACGAAAGAUCCCUUUAUUACCGAGCAGUUCAAAAGCAAGCUGCAAAGUGAGCCAGAUAACGGACUCACAUAUCUGAGAACAGGAGAUUUUGGGUUCAUCAAGAAAAUACGAUGCAAAGAUUCUUCCAACGCUGAGCAGGAGCUAAAUCUGCUGUUUGUUUUGGGAAGGAUCAAUGAAACGAUAGAGAUUCUCGGACUGACGCAUUUUGUUGACGAUUUGGAGAGGACAGUCGUAAAUGCUCAUAAAUGGAUCGAAAAAUGCAUUAUUUCGAAGGCAGGUGGUCUGCUUGUGUGUCUCAUCAAAUGCAUGAAUCCCCGAUACAGUUAUGCCACCUUAACGGCCCUUGUUGUCUCUGAGCUUUUAAGAGUUCAUGGAAUCAUUCUUGAUCUAUGCGCAUUUCUGAGACCUGAAAGCUCCACGCCCACGGACUGGUCGACUCGCAGGGCUACGAUGAUGGGCAAGUGGUUCGAUCAGUCCCUGGACAUCGAAGAGCAGUAUGGAAUUAAUUUUGGUGAGAACAUAUCCAUAUACUUGCUAUCCGAAUUCGAACGUGGAUCUUAA